AUGAAGCUACGAUAUGAAGGACUUGAAGAGAUCCGCACCGAGACGGACGACCCAUCAUCACGGCCACUGCCUGAUUUUCAACUAUUAGAGAUGCAAUGGAUACUGAACCGCGUAACUGCAACGAGUGGAGCUGCUGAGCAAGAUGACGACUUCCAGGAUGAUACUGACAGCGAUGGAGACGAAGCAGGGGACUUAGCGACAUACAAUCCGACCACCCAAGCCAUCCAGGAUUCCAGGUCACCAGAUUCCAACGCCGGCUCUGAGGCGUUUUCGAAUGGUUUCGAUGCCGCAGUUCUAUAUAUCUCCACGAUAGGGGAUCUUGACGAGAAAACCACAAGCCUGCCAAAGUUCAGAAUGCGGUGUUAUGGUGAGGGCUUUCGCGGCGGUGUCGAAUCUUACAAUCAAGCGAUCGACACCAUAGGUUCAUAUCUAUGGACGGACGGGGGCAGUUCGCAACCCAAUUCAGAGUCUUACGCUCGUGUGAUCGCAAUCGAGUCUACCCCUGUUCCAGUCUUUGGCAGAGUUUAUAUAUAUACAACCUUCAACAAAGUUCCAUCGCGGAUCCAGACGCAAUGGAAGACAUUGUGGAGACUCAGUCUGUACAACAACUUAGUCUUGGAGUUCAUGUUGACUCUGAUUCAUCUCAGAAACAUCGAAAUAGAAAUUCAGCGUUUGUUUCGUUUCCACUACCGUGGUUGGAGGUACAUCUCGCAGGCAGAGCAUGAUCGCAAUGGUACCUAUCAUGGACACAUUCUCGAUUUCAAAGCGCCAACAACAAGUCAUUAUUACAGAAUCUGGGCAGCUGGAACGAUAGAAAGACCCUGGAGGACGAUGCACGGUAUCCUCGAGGUCUUUUCGAUGACAUUGACAGUCUCGUCCACGACCACUUCCUACGCCUCACAGUACCGACGACGACACAGACGAUAUGGUCAUUACGCAUACCACUACCCGCGUCCAGUUGACCUGACCAGAGCCGUCCAUCGACUGCACCUGGCACUCCGGACUGCCGAGCGUAAGCUGCGUCGCCUCGAACGCGAUGCUCCUGCGACUCCAGGGGCCGACAUUUUUCUCAAGUCCUUUGGCUUCUCGCCCGAACGCUCCUAUCCUCCAGGAGAUAUUCGCAGCUCUCCCACCUGCGAGUCGCCUUGCCGCCGCGCCUGCCCCGGUCGCUGCUCGCCCCUGAGGAGCUGGCCCGGAAUCAACUGGCGUGAGACAGGGCCUGAAACGGACUAUUCAGGGGACGAUGGAACCACCCAACCCAAACCCUCAGGCAGCCUGAAGAAGAAGCCCGAGACGAAAGCACCCAAGAAGCCGGCCGUGAAGGCGAAACCCGAUGUGGGACGAAAGAGCCGGCCCAAUCCUCUUACCGUCUGGGUCAGAAGAUGGAGCUUCUAG